AUGAAUAACGCAAGGAAAAAUCUUGACGCCCAAGAAAUUCAGAUGGCACUACUACCCGACAGCAUAUGCUCCGGUUGCCAGAACGCAAGCAAACUAAUCGCAUUUCGGUUUCGUCCUCCCGAUCCUAAUACGACGUUCCCAAGCCGUCCGUUUGUGCACGAAAGAGCGAAUGGAACCGGAUCGAUCAAUUUAAGAAUGCUAUUAGAUUUGAACGACUCGUUCAGUGAACUAUACGAUUUCGAGAGAACGUUAAACGGAACGUUUUCAAAUUGCACAUUCGAAAAUGGAACUUGCGUUAGUGACGUGGAAAGUUAUAACUUUUGGGCGCUGUCAUUGUUGGUGUUCCCGCUGUUAACUUUGUUCGGUAACGUGUUAGUUAUAAUUAGUGUUGCGAGGGAACGAAGCUUACAAACUGCUACGAAUUAUUUUAUAGUGAGUCUAGCUGUCGCUGACCUUUUAGUGGCAGUUGUGGUGAUGCCAUUUGGAGUCUACUAUUUGGUAAGUGUUAACAAAACUAGUUCUGAAUUUUAUUUAGACCGUUAUAAUUAAAAUAUUUGUGUGGAAGUCAAACAAUAUUGUGUCAGCUGAGAUAAAUCAGAAUAGUUUUAUAAUAUGACUCUACUCAUAAUUAUCUAUUUUUUAUUAUCAAGAAAGUUAUAAAGCAUAACUAUAAUAAGAUAAUAAUGUUACCGAAGGACAUUAAUAUACUAUUAUAUAGCGUUAAACCAAUACUUAGAACAACUAACUAAUCUAAACAACUUCUUGUACUUUAAGUAAGUCUAUUUUACAACGGUCCGAGUCACAGUGUUAUUACUACCGGUUACCCAAACGUCACACCACAAUGAAUCCACGAAGAAUAAGAACGGAUUGCGCUCAUAUAACGGGUAUUACUUUUAUGAGUUGCCUAAUUCAUGAAAGAGAUACCACUUAUAUAUAAGUUUUGAACAAAUAUGUCCAUUUUCUUCUUAUUGCUAAAUAAAAAUCAUCAUCUAUGACAUUUCAACGGGGUAG